CACGGCCACACUAUUGAUCUCUUUGUUCGCUCUGAAAAAAUGUGUAUUCGAAUUUAAUUGUACGAUGUAAAUUGGUUAAAUUGUAAAAGAAAAGCAUCCAAUCCAAUGUAUUUCAAUAAUUCUAGCUUAAUUUUUAAUUAUUUCUGUGUUUAACUUUUCAAAGUUUGUGUUUAGCAGUGUAUAAUUGGUGGAUGUAAUAAAUACAUUUAUGCGUGAAAAUACUGUGUUGACAAUAUUCCAAAAGUGACUGCGUUGAGCGUUAAAGAAAAACAACAUGUAUGGAUCGCCGCUUCUUAUAUCUUCAUCAAAACAACGAAAGCAAAAGAAUAUUUUUGAGAAAACAAACUUCUAAUAAGAAACCUAAUAAAAUGCAUUGUAUGACACACGUGAAAGGUAGCGUCUUUGCAUUAAAAACGUCAGUGAAAUAACUUUGCCAUUGAAUUUACAUAUGUUCAAUGAUUUAUAAGGGAAAUGGUUUGGAGAAAAUAAAAUAUUUUAAUAUUUCACAUAAAAAACCAAAAAUAUAAAAAAAAGACCGAAUAGCCUGAAACAUUAUUACAUAGGGAAAAAUAUUAAUAUUUCCCCCAAGUUAAAUUAAUCUUAUAAAAAUAUAUGUUUGAUUACGUUUGAAUUCGAUAUUAAAUAUCAGGAAAAUGGUGUUUUAAAUAUGCAUACAUAUAUGUAAAAUAAAUUCGGUGCCAGAUUUGAAGGCUAAUAAUCAAAAAUAUAUCUGAAGAUUGCACUAAGAGUUAUGUCAAUGAUUAAAACGAACUAAAAGGCAAGGAAUAGAGAUUUCCUUUAAGGUAGCUAAUGGAAUGACCUUAAAAUACAUAUGUUUAGUCUGAAUCCAGCCAAUAAGUAAUUUUGAAUAUAAAAACCAAACAUAUAAUAAUUAAAAUUACUUCUAUAAAAUAUUUUCCAUAUAAGUUAUCAAUUUUCAAACUUUUUUAACAAAAAUACCCAUAGUCACCGCACUAUGGUUGGUUCUCAGCAAAAAAAUAAUCAUAUCGAAUUAUCUGAAACGCACGCAUUAAGCGAAAAUAGCACAUACACUGUUGAAAGUAAUUUAAAAACAACUCUUCCGGAAAACUUACAAGUCUCAAAAACACCUUCAUCCCCAAUAUCACUACCUCAGCUUAAAAUUCAGAUGAUUAACUCAAAUUCCGCUCAGACUGGCAUACUUCAAACUAAUUCUCAUAAUUCAAGUCAUCACCCGUGUCGGGGCAGUGGAUUACAAUAUUUCAGCGGUAGCUAUGGAUCAUCGGGAAUGCUUAAUGAACUUAAAGAAGAUUUGCCACAGCAGUCAUCAAAUAAAUAUGCCAAUUACAGUGCAGAUGUCAAUAAUUUAUCCACAUCCGAUGGGUGUGAAGAUUCGAGGUCCAUUCAAGCCUUAUCUUUGCCUAAUGUAAAGGCAGUUUCAAAGAAAACUGAUGUUCCCGUGUUACAUAUAGGUGCUGUUUCCGGCAGCUCUAAAUCACAAUCGGAACCCAAAUGUGAAUCGCUUGAUUUGUUGAAAGAAACUUUAGUAAUGGAAAACGACACUUUUUCAUUUCAUGAGCAAAUAAUAAUGUCAGGCCAACAAAAAAGUGAGUUGCAUGAGAAACCAAAAGUACUCGUCGUUUCACCGCAACAAGUUAUGAUUUUAUACAUGCAUAAGCUGACUCCCUACGAGCGUACGGAAAUAGUUACCUAUCCACAGAUUUAUUUUAUUGGUGCCAAUGCUAAGAAACGCCCAGGAAUCUAUGGGCCAAAUAAUUCUGAUUAUGAUAAUGAGCAAGGUGCAUAUAUUCAUAUACCUCAUGACCAUGUGGCAUAUCGUUAUGAAAUGCUUAAGAUAAUCGGAAAAGGCAGCUUCGGACAGGUGAUUAAAGCAUACGAUCAUAAGACUCACGAGCAUGUUGCCUUAAAAAUAGUGCGCAACGAAAAGCGGUUUCACCGUCAGGCACAAGAAGAAAUUCGCAUUCUUCAUCAUUUGCGUCGCCACGAUAAAUAUAAUACAAUGAACAUAAUACACAUGUUUGACUACUUUACAUUUCGCAAUCAUACUUGCAUUACAUUUGAGCUCCUCAGCAUUAAUCUAUAUGAGUUAAUAAAAAAAAAUGGAUUCAAGGGUUUCAGUUUGCAGUUGGUACGAAAGUUUGCGCACUCACUGCUUCAAUGUUUGGAUGCACUUUAUAAAAAUGACAUUAUUCAUUGUGAUAUGAAACCAGAAAAUGUGCUUUUAAAACAACAGGGUCGGUCUGGCAUCAAGGUUAUUGACUUCGGGUCGUCCUGCUUUGAGAAUCAGCGAAUAUACACCUAUAUACAGUCGCGUUUUUAUCGUGCUCCUGAAGUAAUUUUGGGGGCGAAAUAUGGAAGAGCAAUCGAUAUGUGGUCUUUGGGUUGUAUUCUAGCAGAGCUGCUAUCUGGACACGCGUUGUUCCCUGGUGAAAAUGAAAGCGACCAGUUGGCCUGCAUUAUUGAAGUCUUGGGCAUGCCAAAUAAAAAUAUAUUAGCCAGCUCGAAGAGGUCGAAAUCCUUUUUCAGCCCAAAGGGGUAUCCACGGUAUUGCACUGUCCGAACGAUGUCUGAUGGAAUGGUGGUCCUAAUUGGUGGACAAUCACGUCGAGGCAAACCUCGUGGUCCACCAUGCUCAAAGAGUUUAUCCAAGGCGCUAGAUGGAUGCAAAGAUCCUCUCUUCCUGAAUUUUAUACGUGGCUGCUUGGAAUGGGAUGCAGACAAACGAUUAACGCCAUCCGAGGCUUUGAAGCAUCCAUGGCUUCGACGGCGCUUACCUAGGCCGCCAAGUAGCUCAAGUGGCGCUGGUGGAGUUAUUGGUGUUAGUGGAAACCAAUCACCAGUAAUAGGGCAAAACAAGAACUUGGCGACCGAUGUAGCGUCAUUGUCAACCUCUGCGACAUCUAUCUCCUUAACAAUAAAAAGGGAUAACAGCCAUUCCAAUCUUCGUCUUAAACAUGGAGGUAUUACAGAAACGGACUUGAAACUUACUAAAUGCCACAAUGCUCCAGACGGAUCAUUAAGUGGAACAAAAGCACCCCUAAUGAAUACUGAGCUUUUAGUAGAAAGUUUUAGCAAAACCACAGUUGCGUCACCACGUUUGCCUACAACGCAUUCUGCUGACUCUGGCGGAAUUAGUGGUCUUAGCACAAUGGACGUCGGGGCAUCAAGAUAUUAUCCGUCUUCACUUUCAUAUUUACCGCAUAUGAAUAAUAAUGAAAAUAACCGAUUAUUAAAAUUUUCGGGCUCUUUAAACAGCUCGGCCAACUCAUUGACGCAGUUGGAACAAAUCACAAACUUAGAUGUUUUGGGAGAAUACUCGGCCUCAAUCACACCAAAUGUACCAGCAACAGACACUAGCUAUGCGUUUAAUUUAGAUUCAAUGGCCAUAGACAUUGCACAAGAGUCCUUGGUUAACUUAUCUAGUACGUACGCAAUGGAUAAAUCAAACGACAUUAUUGGGCAAUCAAAUUUGUCGGUUCGUUCGAAUAAGUUAAAAAUGCAGUCGGAUGAUACAUAGUCAAUAUUUGACAAUUUGCAAUUUGCCAUGUAAAAGAAUAGAAGCAGUACUUCAUGUUGUUAUCUGAUUAACUGACAACGCACUGCCAUACAAGUGAUAAACUAAAUACGUCUUGGCACUGAUUUGCAUUGCUCUAAUAUUGGCAUGAAAUCGCACUUGGACAGAAGAGAUCUCACAAAAUAAACUUAAAAAAUUUGCAUUUUAAUUACAAAAAGCGUAUACCCGUUAUUUGAGUAAAGCUUCUUGAAAAUGUUAUGAAAUUUUGUUUAAUGUUGCGAACUUUAUUUCAUAUAAAUAAAAGCCCCGAUAAAAGAUUGUA